AACUGAUUGGUAGCUUCUUUAAGAAUACGCGGGUGGAUAAGAUCAGGACCGACAGCUUUAUUAACAUUUAAUUGUGAAAUAGCGUCUUUUACGUCUUCAGUUGUAAUAGAGAUUAUGUCGAGUUUAUGUACGAUGUUGUUUCGUCCGUCAAUAGGUGGUAACGGUGUGUUGUUGUCGUCAAGAAAACAUUGUCUAGCAAAAAAGUCAUUCAGUGCCUCGCUUUUGUCCAUGUCGUUGUCGAUGUAAGUGUCAUUAGUUUUGAGUAUAGGUAUGUCAGUGGAUUUGUUAAACCCACAUAGAGUUUUAAGAUUUUUCCAACAAGAUUUUGAAUUUAGAUUCGAUUCGUUGUGCAAUGAUUGAAUCAUUUUAUCACGAAAAUUAGCCUUAGCCACACGAACUAAUGAUACACAGCGAUUUCGUAAAUUUUUAAACUGUUGCCAUGAUUCCGGCGUAUUUCUUCGUUUAGCAUUGCUAUGGGCACGUUUGCGCUUCCGAAUAAGUUUUCUGAUUUCAUUGUGCAUCCAAGGAGCGUCAGUCUUGCGAAUAAAUACAAAUUAAAACUUGUUUUAAUGCCAUUUAUGCAGGCAGAACUCUGUUUAGGAUUCCUGUUUUUAUUUAGAAACUUUACAGUAAUUAUUGAAGGAGGCAGUAAAGGGAGGAGUGAGAUGGUCAAGCAAAUCACUUUGCGCAUUAAUAUGUUGCUAAAUUUAGAACGCUACAAAAGCGCAUGACGUAGCUGCCUUCACUCAGAGGCUGAAGAUCCAAGAUGGCAGAACAAGAGCAUGGGCCAGGUCCUUCAAGGAGGACACGUAGGCGUGCAGCACUGCAAAACACAUUGGUGGGUAGGAGACGUCCUACAAGUACGAGAAUACAAGAUCCUGAGACUCAACCGCCAGCUCCUCAUGUUGAAGUGACAACACCAGUUGUGGGGUUGGCAAGCCCCGCAUCAUUGCCAACGACACAGGAGAUUAUUAAGGAGCUAUUCCAAAAAAUGAAGGAUGAGGGAUACAUUAUGCCUAUGCCUGUAAAUGGCGCAGGUGCCACAGCACCAACAGUCCUUCCACCAGGUCCACCAGCUAACUACAGUACACAAGUACUCCCUGCAGUGGCGCCAGGAAUCAACAUUCCUGCUGCAGCAUCUGGAUCUCCGACGGUUCAAGCCUCAGAUAUGACAAACAUUGUUCCACAGGCUAACAGUGGACUUUCUAUGCCAUCAGUGCACACAAAUAUCCAACAACCGGAACAUUUAUCAAAUAUGAACAUUACUGCACCAUUAGCAAAUUGUUGUGUCAAAUUUGACGGGUGAGACAAACCUUAUGCAUCCUACUAUUCACAGCAUCUCCCGACCUCUCGGUAUGCAUGUUGAUACCAAAAUUAAAAUGAAAAUUCUAGCCGAUGAGUUCAUUGAUUUUGGGCUACUCAUUCAAAAGUCAGCAGACACAGAAAAUUUCAAAAUUCAGUUACAUGGCACGGAAUUGGCCAUUGUUCCAAAACAAAAAUAAUUUUCUAUCAGAAACAUUGAGCAGUGGUUGUCUGCCUUUCAUGUCUUUGUAGCCAUUUACGUACAAACUCAUCCACAGGCUAUUUCAUCUCUUAUGAAAUAUGCUGACAUUGUUCAAACGCUUCACAGGAGGUCGGGAAUUGCUGCAGCACUGAACUAUGAUUGUAAUUUUCGACAAUGGCAUCAGUUUUAUCCCCAUGCUUCAUGGGGUGACAUGCACUCUGAAUUUUAUUUAGAGGCGACAGCCAUUGGUCUCAGAAAUGCAGCACGUAACCAACCAGCGGUUCAACAGCCCUUUCCCCAGAAAUCGGCCAACAACUUCCCAAAAGGAAUUUGUUGGUCGUUCAACAAAGUAGGAUCAUGCAAGCGGGGAACCCGCUGCAAGUUUCCCCAUACCUUCUCCAACUGUGGAGGAGCCCAUUCCUCCCGACAGUGUAAGUCACAAUCCUCCGCUAACAAUCCUGACUCCACCUCAAAAGGUGGAGGCAAUGGCCAGUCAGCUACCAGCCAAGGCCAACGCCCCCAAAACAAACAAAACAAAUAAUAAACUUCCAACCCCUAUUAAGGUCCAAGUUUUGCUGCCUUUCUUAGAGGGUUACCCGAGGGAUGCUUUUCAAUUUUUGUAUAAGGGUUUCACCAAUGGUUUUACUCUCAAAUAUCAGGGGCCACGUAUAUUUAGGCUUUCAAAAAAUCUAAAAUCUGCCCUUGAUAACCCCACUGCUUUGAAACAAAAAAUUAACAAAGAAAUCCAAUUAGGUCGAAUUCAAGGUCCAUUUCUUGCACCACCUUUCCCCAACUUGCAGGUAUCCCCUUUAGGCCUUGUACCAAAAAAGGAACCCAAUGAGUUUCGUGUUAUUCAUCAUCUUUCCUACCCGGGGGGAGCAUCUAUAAAUGAUGGGAUAAAUCCGGAGGAGGCCACUGUGGCUUAUCAGACUAUCGAUGAUGCUAUACAUCUUAUCAAACAGUUCGGAAAGGGGGCCUUUAUGGCAAAAACAGACAUUGAGUCUGCUUUUCGUCUUAUCCCAAUUCAUCCUAAGGAUUACAACUUAUUAGGUUUUCAGAUAGAUGACAAAUUUUACUUUGAUAAAGUGUUACCAAUGGGAUGCUCUAUCUCAUGUCGCUUGUUUGAGGCAUUUAGCUCUGCUUUACAUUGGAUAAUGGAAACAAAGUUUAAGGCUGCAGGGGUGGUUCAUAUUUUAGAUGAAUUUUUAUUUAUAGCACCACCUGGUACCUCUAAAUGUCAGGAAGAUCUGGACAACUUCCUAGAAUUUUGUCGGUGCACACACAUCCCCAUUAAAGACAGCAAAACAGUUCUCCCCUGUACCCUCCUAACUUUUUUAGGCAUAGAACUAGAUAGUUCCAAAAUGGAAGCAAGACUACCUAUGGACAAAAUCAUGAAAGCACGCCAGUUAUAUAUAUAUGGGGGGAUGAUUCCUGUGACACUGCACAUAAUCUCGAGGUUUCGGUUGUUUGUGUACAGUAAUCAUUGUGGCAGGGAUUGGAUCCCCAUCUAAGACUUUUGUGUCAAAUCAGAUCUGUUGUCCGAGUUUUAUUAUUAGUCUUACAAGCUUGCCAUGGUGGAUGCCCUGUAUAAAUACAGUUUUAUUGGGUACACAAUUAGAAGUAGCAUCUAGGAUUACUUUGGAAAAAAUGUCUACGGACAGGUCGAAGUCGUCAUCGUGUAGUAAAACGUCCCAGUUCGUCUCGUUAAGCGUCUGUCUAAGUAAAUUAUAGUCGCCUCUGUCGUAUAACCAAAUUCUCCGUCCCAGUUCGUCUCGUUAAGCGUCUGUCUAAGUAAAUUAUAGUCGCCUCUGUCGUAUAACCAAAUUUUCCGUCUGACAGUACGUUUUUGUCGGGAAGGAGUGUUAACUGUAAUGAAGAUAGGACAAUGAUAUCUAACAUCAUUACCGAAGCAAUGGUCCUCCACAACUACUGAUUUGAUAACAUUUGGGUUAUUUGUUAAAAAUAGAUCAAGAGCCGACGAUGUAGUUUCAGU